GCACGGGGCGGUGUCAUGACGUCACUCCCGGAGCGGGAACUGGAACUGGAGCUGGAGCGGGAUCGGGAUCGGGCCGUGCCCGGGAACAGCCCCGGGAGCGGGGCGGGAGCGGAUCCCGCCGCUCUGCCCGCCCUGGGAUGAGCCCGUGCCUGAGGGAUGGACGGCAGCACCUUGCCCGCAGUGGCAGAAGAGCUCCUGAGAGAGAUCAGAAAGGCUUUUCAGGAGACCUCGCAGGUCCCUGAUGACCUGCUGCUGGGGCUGAAGUUCAUUUUUGGCCCAUCUGCAGUGCCAGCUCUGGAUUUGGUGGAUCAGCGUUCUGUCACCCGGCUCAGGUCCCCCAGUGGGAGGAUUCUCUACCAGGUCCUUGGCAGCUCAGGCAAACUCUACACCUGCUACAGCUCCUGCCACUUCUGCACCUGCCCUGCCUUUGGCUUUUCUGUGCUGCAGAAGAGUGAGAGCCUUCUGUGGCAAACCUGGUCCAGGGGGACCCCUCAACACCCUGAAACUCUGUGCCUCCACUGGAACAGGAUCUUUGGAAGUAUCUAUGUGGUUGCUGUGCCUUAAAUAAAUUUUCAGACACACUGAGCAGCUCAAGGCUGCUGCCCUGGGAGCCAGCUGGGAUUCCCUGUCCAUGCUCUGUGCUCCCUGAGGGCAGUGUGGCCUCUCCUGCUGCAUCAGCCACCAGAAAUAAUGGGGCACAGGCUGAGCCAGGUGCUGUGGGUGGUAAAUGAAGCAUUUGGGAUGAAAAUAACAGUUCCUGCAAAUACAGCAUCUCAGCAACAUGAGAACACUUCAACCAUGUACAGCAGAGCAGGGACAGCUCAAUGGCCACAGCUGCACUGGCUACAAAAGUUCCUCUGCUGUUUUUCCUUCACAUUUUCAUGAGAAAUGAGCUUUUUACUGAGGAGGGCAAGGGAGGUGUCCUAUUUUUAUUUUGCCUGGAAAUAUGUUUGGCUCAGAUCCACAAAGGCACUUCCUGUGCCCAGGGACCAUGGCCUGGGCCAGAGUUCCUGCCUGACAGCCCAAAGGCACAGCUGGACUAAGGAAGC